UGUAAAAGAAAGUAUAACUGAAUAGAUUCCAUAAUAUGACCGCCGGUGAAGGUUCAAUUCAAUAUUCACCAUCAAAGGAAAGGAAAACUUCUGGUUGCUCAGAAAAAUCUUCAUCUCGAAGUACCAAUUCAAAGGUGCAUCGUGACUCAACUGAUUCCAAUGUUAAUUUAAAUACUAAUUGUGAAGAUGAUGAUUAUUUCAUCAAUAAUCUUGUUCUUGCAAGAGAAUUAGCAUUUAUUGUAGGAACUGCAUGUUCAGUUGAUCGUCCAUUAUCAUCUUCUCCCUCUUCUUCCAAAUCAAGUUCAUCACUCGUAUAAAUCAACAAAAAACAUCUAUGGGGAUAAAUAACUUGAGUUAAUUUUUUGUUUCAGUUAAAUAAAUAAAAAAGAAUCUUUUUAAAAGAAUUGUCAUAAAACAGAGCCGCUAUUUUGUAUCUUGAGUCGAUUGUAUCGAAAAUAUAUCGGGCAGAAUAAGGAGCCGAAAAUAUGAUAAACAGCGAAGAAAAGUUUUACCUAAAAGAUUUCGCUUAUUGGAAGUCGGAGUAACAAAACAACAACAAGUUAUUUUUCCUUGUAGCAAAUUUUUUUAUUGGUUCUUAUAAUUCAUCUGAACAACCUUUUCCAACAUGAAUUCUCAAUCUAAUGAUAUGAAAGAAAUGUUCAAUGGUGUGAAAUGUGUCAAACUUGAAGACAAUUCGAUGUGCUCAUCCAAUUCAUUCAAUCAAACACAAAACCAAUCAUCCAACCAGUAUCAAGAUCUGGCCACGGAAUUGAAGACUGAGUUUACCGUGAAAGGUGAAAAUCUGAUCCAAAUGCCAUCGUUUAAGGAAAUGACAAUUCGAAAACCAAAUGAUCGUCAAUUUGUUCAAUUUAAAGAUUAUUUUUCCCGAAUUGAACCUGAAUCGAAACCAGAAAAUCUUCUUCUGUCUAUCAACAUGAAUCGAGACUUUAACGAGCCUGAGUGGACUUUACAUCAAAUUUAUUCAACGUACGAGAUUCUGGUAUUCGGAACUAAAUUACCAGGAGGAUCAAAACCUCGCUUAGAUAAAAAAAUAAAAAGAGCUGAAACAGAAAUCGAUAAGUUUUUAUACGAUCUCCAAUUUCAACUGAAGACAGAGAACAUGGAGAGUCAAUGUCAACUUUACUUCUCAAUCGAUUAUUCAUUUAUUCGCAAGCCUACUAGUUUCGAAUUGGGUCUUUUUAAGCUUUAUUAUGGCACUAAAUGUUAUUUCCCGAAAGAAUUAUUGUUUGAGCAUUUGAACAAUCAUGUGCUCUAUGACGAGCAACAAUGGACUAUGGCUGAAAUUUUUGCAACUCUCGAGAUUCUGGUAAUGGGAACUAGAAUGUCACAGGAAAACAAAGUUCGCUUAACUGAAGAACAGAAAAGAGCGCAAAUGAAUAUCAAAGAAUUCAACCAAAAUUAUCCUCAUCAGUUUUCACAACAGCAAACAUUUCAAUCAUCCAACCAGUAUCAAGAUCAGGCCACGGAAUUGAAGACUGAGUUUACCAUGAAAACUGAAAAUCCGAUCCAAAUGCCAUCGUUUAAGGAAAUGACAAUUCGAAAACCAAAUGAUCGUCAAAUUGUUCAAUUUAAAGAUUAUUUUUCCCGAAUUGAACCUGAAGCGGCACCAGAAAAUCUUCUUCUGUCUAUCAACAUGAAUCGAGACUUUAACGAGCCUGAGUGGACGUUACUUCAACUUUAUUCAACUUACGAGAUUUUGGUGAUGGGAAUUAACUUGUUGAGAAGUUCAAAUACUUGUUUGAUUGCAAAACAAAAAAGAGCACAAAAAGAGAUCGAUUAUUUUCGCAAAAGUCUACAAUCUCAACCACUGACAGAAUUCAUGGAUAGUAAAUGCCAACUUUUCUCCUCAAUCGAUAAUAUACAUAUUCGUAAACCCUCGCUUCCAGAAUUAAGCAAUUUUACUAUAUACUUUGGCAGAAAUUAUGCUUAUCCAAUCGAAAAAUUGCUCCAAGAUUUGAAUAGCUGGAACGACGAAGAGCCCAAGUGGACUAUGGCUGAAGUGUUUACCACUUAUGAGAUGCUGGUAAUGGGAACAUUGAUGUCACGAAAAGUUCGAAUAACUAAAGAACAGAAAAGAGCACAAAUAGAUGUCAAUAAUUCAUUGAAAAUUCUUUAUUAAAUGUCCAAAACAUGGUGAAAUGAAUAAGGUUGAAUAAAAUGUUUCUUUUUUAUAAAGUUACUCAAUGUUGAUAACACGAUAGAAUUAGGAAUUAAUCAAUCUUCAAUUAUCUUUAUCCUUCCACCAGGUAAGUUGUGAAUCAACGUGAAGAAAGUAAAACUCAAUAAAACACAAUUUGUUUGCCUUAUUUCUUGUAGUAAAUUAUCAUUAGUGAGAGAGCUUUCAUCUUCAUUGUUCUCUCUCUCUCUCUCUUUUUCUCCCUCUCACUCCAAUGUCUUCAUCUUCUUAAUCAAUCCCUUAACUCGACUAUUAAUUUAACAAUUAACAGUAAUUAGGUUCUUUGCCAUCUCUCUUUUUCCUUUCACUUUUUGUCUCUUGGUUUUCAUUCACAUUUUGAGACACAUUUUCUUUGGUUAACUGAUUCUCAACAUGGUGAUAAUCUUCAUCAUGGAAUCAGUCACAUGAAACACUGAGAAAAAUUGAAUUUUCUCAUGUAAGUUAUGGUAAAGACACAGUUAACGUUACUUUUUUCUGUUGGUUUACUAAUUGUUGAAUGUUGAUUGAUGAACAAUUUUGAUCAAUUUAGUUUCGUUGAAAGUGUAACACUAUUUAUCUUUCAGUUUAAGGUCAAGAUGAUGAGGUGAGUUAAUUGUAGAUGGUUAAAAUUAAAUUGUUUCUAAUAUAUUUUCGCAUAGUACAAAAAAAUCAGGUAAAUUGUUGUUACUCUCACUUAAUUCACUUUACCUUAACCCGGCUUGGUUUGAAUGAAGCCAGGGAAAUGAUGAUAAGUAAAAACCUUGACAAUUUUUGUUGAUAAAAAGGUUUGGGUUAUAGACUUUCUCACUCAAAUAUAUCAGUAUUAUCAUCAUCAUCAUCAUCAUUAUGAGAUGAGUGAGAAUGUAAAACUGGGAGUAUAAGAGAGAGAAGGCUAAUCGACAAGUGCAUGCGAAUAGCUGUAAAAGAAAGUAUAACUGAAUAGAUUCCAUAAUAUGACCGCCGGUGAAGGUUCAAUUCAAUAUUCACCAUCAAAGGAAAGGAAAACUUCUGGUUGCUCAGA